AUGGAAAAUGACAUCUUCGAGAAAAGCAAAAAUGAGUUAGAGAGAAUAUACCUAAGCAAACAUGUAGUGGUACAUCCGAUAGUCCUCCUCUCCGUUGUGGACCAUUACAACCGUAUAGCAAGUAACACAAAAAAGAGAGUACUGGGUACAAUCCUGGGAGAACGAAUUGACGGGGUUGUACACCUCACAAAUAGCUAUGCCUUGCCAUUUGAAGAGGACAUUAAAGAUAUUAACAUUUUCUUUGUGGAUGACAAUUAUAAUGAAAAUUUAUUUAACAUGAUACGAAAAAUUAACACUAGAGAAAAAAUCGUUGGAUGGUACACCACGGGGUCUAACAUUAAACCGAAUGACAUUUUUAUUAAUGAAAUUUUUUACAAGUACCACCAUGCCCCCAUCUUCCUCCUGGUAAAUGUACACACGGAUCAAAGCAUUUUUCCUGUGAAUGCUUACGUCGCUAUUGAGAAGGCCAUAUCUGAUAACAAGUUCAGGAAGACCUUCAUCCACAUCCCCGUGACGAUAGGAGCGUUCGAGGCCGAGGACGUUGGAGUGGAGUUUCUGCUGAAAGAACUGAAGAGCGUGUCCACAUCGACCCUGGCGACCAAAGUGGGCGACAAGCUCUCCUCGCUAAAAAGCCUCAUUUACAAGCUACACGAAAUCUCAGCAUACCUAAAUGACAUCCUCAAUGGAAACAUUGAAAUGAAUAUUAAAAUUUUGUACAACCUUCAAAACGUAUUUAGUCUCCUGCCAGAUACAGAAAACCCGGAACUGUUAGAAGCCUUUAUGGUCAAAAAUAACGACAUCAUGUUGAAUGUCUUCAUUGGUAGCAUUACCAGGUCGGUCAUUGCUCUACACAAUUUAAUUAAUAACAAAAUUGAAAAUAAAAUAAACGCCGAGAAGAAGAAGCAGCUCGAUGUGUCCAAGGACGCAGAGGACGACAAGGAAAAGGACAAAGAUAUUGACAAAGACAAGGACAAAGCGAAAAAAAAAAUGUAG